CGAUUGCUGAAAAGACAGGGAUAUGCAAAUCCAACCUCCCAAGGACUGGCAGCCGCCCUUUGCCUGCGAUGUCAAAAGCUUCUGCUUCACCCCUCGGGUACAGCGCCUCAACGAACUAGAGGCAAUGACCCGUGUCAAACUCGACUUCUUGGAUCAGCUGGGAAAUUUUGGGAGCUGCAAGGGUCCGCGCUCAGAAUUCCAGUGGUGGAUGGCAAGCUGUUGGAUGUGUAUUGCACUGAGCAAGGUGGGCGUGCAGGGACAGGUGGUUCUGCAGAUAAACAACAUACGCAUUAGCAUCUUGCAGUGUCUUCUGCGCCAGGAUUAAAUGGUUUACUGUAAUUAAAAUAACUGCAGGAAGUUUAUAUAAUUACACCUUUCUAAAAG